AUGAAAUCCUCUUUAGAUAGGGAACCAUUGUUUUUGUUGGCCUCCUCGCCAGACGAAAAGGCUCUUGUAGAAGCCGCAGCCAAGGCAGGAAUUGUGUAUACCGGAAAAAUGACUCAAGCCGGUCAUUUAUUUUACACGGUUAAGCGGCACAAAGAUUUACUGAGUCAUGAAGGGGAAGUCAUAAGCGAAACAGAUUCAUCCCCUGAUAAUGAGGAACUUAGCGUUGCAGAUGGAAAAGCUUACCCCCAGGUAUCGUUGGUCACGAAAGAUAUAUGUUCAACCAAGCGCAGUCAUUGUGAAACCUACCAGAUCGACGCCAUACUUGACUUCGACUCUACUCGUAAACGAAUGACAGUCUUAGCAAGACAUCCGGAUGGUGCCUGUUAUAUUCAUAGCAAAGGAGCGGAGACCAGUAUGCUGUUAUACUGGAUGAACAUUGAGGCGUGA